AUGGCAACAACAGACUUGGGAGAGCUCAACAAGCAGAAUGAGUGUGGCCCGCGAAUUGAGCGCUCCUUGACGCUCCACUUCACAGGAGACUGGGGCAUGGCCAACUUUCAUCGUAUCUGCUCCUGGCUAUCACAGCAAUUUUGUGAUCGUGCAGGACCUAAAAGUCAAGUUGCAGUGUGGAACUUGCGUGAUGGAGGGAUGGAAGCUAUCACGGAUGUCUUUUCUGGACGUGUACAUCUCUGUAUUGCAACACCUGCCCAACUCACGACGACGGCUCUUACAGGUCAGGGCAUCUUUCAACCUCAUGGACCUAUGCCGUCGCUUCGGUCGCUUGGAGUGCUUCCUCAAAACGACCGUAUGGUCUUUGCAAUAAGCCCCAAGCACAAUAUUCAUUCUUUUUCUGAACUGCGCGAAAAGAAACCAGCCUUGCGGAUAGCUACAUCAACUAACGACGGAACAAACUUCAUUGGCUAUAUUGCAUCGGAGAUGAUGAAGGCUCAUCUAAUCGAUGAGGCCGAACUCAACUCUUGGGGAGGCCAGUACAUCACAGCGACGCGCCCAGAGCAAGCCAUGGCGCUUGUGAUGAGCGGGGAAGCCGAUGCUCUUCUCCAGGAAGCUAUCAUGACGCCCUGGUGGGAGAGCGUGAUUGAGAAGAACAAGUUCGUUCCUCUGUCUGCAGAGACCAGCGCAUUGGCUCGAUUCCAUGAGAACAACCCCGGGUCAACACGGCCUAAUACAGAUCCAUUGCCUGCUGGAUUCUGGCCGUCUUUGACUGAGCCAUUGCCCUGUCUCGACUUUUCCGACUUUGUCGUAUUGGUUCGCGACGACCUCCCAGAAGAUGUUGCACAUUUGUUGACCUGGUGCUUGGUCGAGACUCGGGCUGGUAUCGAGAGUCAAUACCACCACUUGCCGCCAGAGAAGAGCCCUCUGACAUAUCCACUUGUCCCUCGAAAGAUUGCGCAGUCGCCUGUACCUCUACAUCGAGGUGCUCAGAGAUAUUAUCGAGAGGCUGGGAUUCUUUAA